CGCCGGUUUCACGUCGUUUUUGUCGCACCGGCGCGGCGGGACGAUCGUUUCGAUUUCAAUCGUUCUCUGCUACCAAUUUUCCACAAUUUUCACGCGAGUUUCAUCUAACUUUCGUUUCCAUCAUUUUCCAAGUUAUCACAAUUUCGAGCAUUUUCAUUAUUCCCGUGCUAAGAUAGACAGAACUGAUGAAAGAAUAAGUAAAAAGAAAAUAUAGUCGGCGUCGGUGGUUUUCAUUUCUUUGAUUUACCGUCGCGAUUACGGGCCACAUUCUUGCACGCUCUGUAUCGCGUGGACCACGCGGCAAGCCGCGAAUUUCAAUUACGAGAUUCUAGUUCGUUGCCACCAGGAAUGUUUUAAUUCCUUCACCGUUAUCGCGAUCGACGCCUGUUCCAUUGCCGUUGUUGUUCCAUGGGCAAGUUCUCGCCGAGAACUUUUCUAGGAAUGAAAUUCCGUGUGUCGGUCCAGUUGUUGGAGUUCGACAACGCUUGAGAGGAGGCUGCUCGUCUGGCAAGAAAGUAAUUAAACGGGAAUACAACGAACGAGGUUUCGUGACUGGGCAUGCUACUGGCAAACGCGGAGAGGGCUUGUCUGUUACUAACGGCGAUCCACGUUUUACUCGGUGAUAAGGGCACCGACGCGGAGACCUUCACCCUCGGCUACAUCACCGGGUCGAAGAGACGUCCAGGGGACUUGGAGUAUCAGCGUCCUGGUUACCGGAUAUCCGGCGCUAUAUCACUCGCCGUAGAAGAGGUGAACGCGGGUGAGCUAGGUCGACGCGGACACAAGCUCGAUUUCCUGGUCGCGGAAACUUAUGGCGAGGAGGAGACCAGCAUCCUGAUGACCGCUGAUCUCUGGACGAAGAACGUCAGUGCUUAUAUCGGGCCCCAGGAAACCUGUGUUCACGAGGGUAGAAUGGCAGCCGCCUUCAACAUCCCCAUGAUAUCUUACUUUUGCACUCAUCGCGAGUCCUCCAACAAGAAAGAGUUUCCUACGUUUGCCAGAACCAGACCACCGGAUACCCAAAUCUCGAAAUCGGUCGUUUCCGUGCUGAUGGCAUUCAAUUGGACAAAAGUGACGUUCAUGUACAUGAAUUCUACGCUGUUCGAGUUCAAUAAGAUGUCCACGAUCGCGGAGACGAUUUUGUCGUCGUUCGAGGCUGCAGGCGUGACGGUAAACUUUCUUCGUUGUUGGGAAGAACCGUAUCACGUCACACACAUGACCAAUCCGUUCCACGAGCACGUCAGCGAGACGUAUCGAGAAACGCGAAUUUACGUGAUUCUAGGCAAUUAUUACGAGCACAUGGGCCUGCUGAUGGCUUUGGACGAAAAGAAGCUAUUGGAAAAAGGGGAAUACUGGGUGGUCGGCGUCGACAUCGAGCAAUACGAUGAGAAACGACCGGACAAGUACUUCCGUGGUUUAUGGCAGAAAAAGACAAACUCAUCGAUUUUGAGAGCGUAUCAAAGCUACUUCAGCGUGGUCGCAACCGCGCCGAAUUACUCCAAGAAUUUCACCAGCCGAGUGAACGAGUACAGACAAAAGCCACCCUUCAACUUCAGCAACCCCCUCGCGAACGUCGGUGGAAUCGUUCAGAUCGUGCCAGAAACGGCGUAUCUUUAUGACGCGGUGCAUCUCUACGAGAGAUCGUUGCUGAAAGCCCUGGACGAGAAUCGUGAUCCACGAAAUGGUCGAGAAAUGGUGGCAACUCUUUACGGCGUUCAUUAUCGAAGCGCCAUGGGGUACAUGGUUUAUAUGGACGAAAACGGAGAUGCUGAAGGCAAUUACACUCUGAUUGCGUUGGACAAUCGGCCGACAAAAGGACACGGUUUAUACCCUAUAGCGUAUUUCGUGGGGAAAGAGAACGGCACGAACCUGCCAAAACUCCGAUUGACCAGAGAUAUUUCGUGGGUCGGCGAUGGGCCACCUAUCGCGGAACCUCAUUGCGGAUACCACGGCGAGAAAUGUAAAUCUCACACGGGAGAGAUCGUGGGUGGAAUAGCAGGAGGAUUUCUACUGAUCAUCGCGACGGUACUCCUGGUGCUGUACAGAAACUGGAAGUACGAACAGGAACUGGACUCGCUAUUAUGGAAGGUGAACUACAAAGACAUUCAGAUCAAAGAGCAGAAAGACGAUUCGGCUGGAGUCAACGAGGCGCCUACCAAAUGCAAUAGCAAGACGACGACCCAGCCGAUCGUGAGGACCAGCCAAGUCUCUCUAAGCUCAAAUCCGGACGCUGAUUUCCGAUAUUCUAUGAUUUACACGCAAAUUGGCGUCUACAAGGGACGGAUAUUCGCGGUGAAGAAAGUCCGCAAGAAAUCGAUCGAGAUCACCCGCGAGAUGAAAAAGGAGCUGAAAGUGAUGCGUGACUUACGACACGAUAAUUUGAACGCUUUCAUCGGCGCCUGUACCGACCCACCGAACAUAUGCAUCGUGGUCGAAUAUUGUGCACGCGGCAGUCUCAAGGACAUUUUGGAGAACGAAGAUAUGAAGCUGGAUAACAUGUUCAUGGCAUCCUUGGUCGGCGAUAUAAUAAGAGGUAUGAUCUAUUUGCACGAGUCUGUGAUCAAGUAUCACGGCGCGUUAAGUACGUCGAAUUGCCUGGUGGAUUCACGAUGGGUCGUGAAAUUGGCUGAUUUUGGACUGCACGAAUUUAAAAAGGACGCUGAAUGUGAGCCAUGCGAUGUGAUGAAGAAAUAUCAUGGUUUGCUGUACCGAGCACCCGAAUUAUUGAGAUCCUCUAAAAGCCAAGAACCAACGGCUCGUGACUACCAAAGAGGGGACGUUUAUUCCUUCGGGAUAGUAUUGUACGAACUUCAAGGACGACACGGUCCAUUCGGAAUUAUGGAACUAUCCGAUUCGGAGAUACUGAAGAAGGUGAUCGCGAAUGAACCCGACACCGAACCGUUCAGACCACCGUUGGGCCAAUUGGAGAACUGUUUCCAAUUCGUGCGGGAUUGUCUGAUAGAGUGCUGGGCCGAGGAUCCUGAGGCACGUCCGGACUUCAAGGUGAUAAGGAACAAACUAAGGCCACUGAGGAAGGGCAUGUGAGAAGCCAACAUAUUUGACAACAUGAUGGCAUGAUGGAGACAAUAUGCGAAUAAUCUGGAAGCGCUGGUCGACGAACGGACGGACCAAUUGACGGAGGAGAAGAAAAAAACAGACGCGUUGCUUUAUGAAAUGUUACCACGAUACGUUGCCGAGCAAUUAAAGCGAGGACACAAAGUCGAAGCUGAAAUUUUCGACUGCGUCACCAUAUAUUUCAGCGACAUCGUCGGAUUUACUGCCAUGUCCGCCGAGAGUACACCUUUUCAGGUGGUGGACUUUCUCAACGAUUUGUACACCUUCGAUUCCACCAUCGAGAAUUACGACGUGUACAAAGUUGAGACUAUCGGAGAUGCUUAUAUGGUGGUAAGCGGUCUACCUACGAACGGUAUUCAGCACGCGGGAGAAAUUGCAGGUAUGUCCUUGUGCCUGCUGGAUGCCAUUAAACAAUUUACCAUUCGACAUAGGCCGCUGGAUAAGCUGCAACUUCGAAUCGGUAUACAUUCCGGCCCCGUGUGCGCCGGUGUCGUGGGUCUAAAAAUGCCCCGUUACUGCCUGUUUGGCGACACCGUGAACACGGCCAGUCGAAUGGAAUCUACAGGUUCGCCAUUAAAAAUUCACUGCAGUAGCGAAACGAAGCAGCUACUGGAUCAGCUCGGUGGAUUCAGGGUGAUGGAAAGAGGCCUGGUAUCCAUGAAAGGAAAAGGCGAACGUCUAACCUACUGGUUGAUAGGCGAGGAUCCGAUGUUGAGGGAAGAACGAACCAGAGAGCGGGAAAAUCGACGGAACGGUUACGAAAGGAAGAACAGCAGCACGAAUCCUCUGAUACCGCGAAGUUCUUUAAAGAACAAGUCCCUAGUGAGGUCCACCUUCAUCAGGUGUUCCAGUGAAUCACCGAAACGUCUACGUUUCGCCAGCUCCGAUCAGCUGGACCAGAAGUGUUCCCGAACGAACAGCCAAUUAGAAGCAAUAGCCGACAACAGUCCGUGCAAACCGAAUAUCUCUUGUGCAAACAGACUGUCGUGCGUGGAAAAUUGGAGAUCUUCCAGUAAUUCUUGUCCGUGCGUGGAACAGUUGGGGGAGCAAGAAACACCGAUAGACCCGAAGGUAUUGACUCAAAAUCGCUGGGGUAUCGGAAACGAGCCGUAUUUCCCGCGAACGGGGGCCAAGAACUUCCGUCUUGGAUCGAGCGGAAUCACAGAGACAACUUGUCGUUCGGCACCCAGCAGUCCCAGACACAGUACUCUGAUCUUAAAUUGUCAGAAGAGAGCGGCACAGUCGAACGAAGAGAUUGACGGAUGGGAUGCUACUGCACCACUGAUUUAUUAUCCGACAGGACGAUUGGAUUAAGGAACUCUCGUCGGCUAUUGAAGAAUUUUAUACGUUCAUUUCGGCUACGACCUGCUCGUCUCAACCUUAGUCGUAGAACAGUGUUCAUAUUGAUCAUGAUCAAAUUACGGUGCUGGCAGAUUGAAGGCCAUCAGAAACAGUGAACAGAAUUUUAGCUGGUGUGAUUGUUUUGAACUUGUGAUUGGUUUUUCAGUUCACACGAUUCCUCGUUGAUUAAGGAAAUUCAAGGUAGGACGUAUCGAUUGGAAUCUUAUUAUCUGGACGAUCAUAGUUCAAUAUCCUUCGAUCGGAAUGAAAUCACACCAAGAUUUUAUUCCUAAAGCGGGGUUUACGUUAGAUAAGCUUUGAUCAGCUGCCCGAAUGUAAACAUCGCUUUAACCCUUUCGCUACUAAAAGGUACUCGCUACUGAUCGAAGAAAUAAUGAAUAAACUUAAUUAAGUAGAAUUUACUACUCGUAGGAAUAAUAUCUUUCAAUUGAUAUUAUCAUAGCGAAAGGGGUAAUACGAUCAAUCGACUCGACAAUCAUUUUUCAUACAUCCAUUCUGAUCGAUGUUUCAUCGAACAAUUCAACAGACUGCGAUUGGUCAAUUAACGAACGAACAAUUAACCGGUGAGCAGCAUACGAUUUUAAAUUAUGACUUCCUCCUCGCUCGAAGUACACGUUGUACCAAAGCACACCGCACGUACAAACCAAGAUACCUAACAGACGUAUUUAUAUACAUUAUUUAUAGCAUAUGUAACUUGUGCACUGAAAGCAGCACGUCGUAACGGUAUAUUCCACGCAUUAGCUUAGACAAUCAAGAAGGCUCGUGCUUUUUAUUCUACGUAAGUGUCACUCUAGUCAAUUUGUUUUAGUUCGAACGCACGGUUUUCCUUCGAAUCGAAAAAUGGAAAAAUGAAAAAAAAAAAGAGAAAUUUAAUUGUCCUCAAAAAUCAUCCUAACUUACCCUAUAGUAUUUAACCAUACUGUUUACCGCCGGCGUUUUUUUUUUUUUUAGUACUUAAGGCAAUUAUUUAUAGAGUAAUAUAUAACAAUGACGAUUUGAAACGUACUUAUGAAUCGUUAUGAAACUAUUUCACGAUAAUGUGUAUCUUCCGCUUAAGAAAACCGAUCUGUCGUAAACGCGACA